AUGAGCUGUUCACCCGAAAGAAUUUGCCGCAUGGACAGAGCUCGCGUAGAGCUCGUGUCCCUACUGCGCCACGUCUCCAUGGCUGUUUCCAAGGAGCUCUUCUCGCCUCGAGGUGUCUUCUAUCCUGACACAUAUCGGCUUGUGAACCACAUCCCCAUGUCCCAUGAGCAUCAUGACAAUGUCCAGUCGACGGAGACCCAGCACACUGUCAACAUUCAGCCCAGUGACGAGGCCGUGACAGACACAGAACAGCCUCGCAAUGGAGAGGCUAGAGAGGCUGGCGAGGCUGGCGAGGAGAGGCCUCGCGAGCCCCGUGUCCGGUUUCGCUCGUUCGUCGACACCGGCCAGCCCAGCGUCGAGAGGCGCAGUCUCAUCCCAGAACGAAUGGACCCAGCUCCAGACCGUUCCCGACCUCCCUGGCGUCGCCCAUCACCGCCCAGAAGACGCGAUUCAGAAGCCUCCCAAGACGUGACCGACACCUCCGUGAAUGACAGGCUCCCUCCGUCUGAGGGCGAGGAGGACAAGGACAAGGACAAGAGCGCGAGCAAACGAGCGAAAAAAUUUUUCAAGGUAGACGCCGCGAAGGACACGGCUCGUCGAUGGGCUACUCGACUGGGACGGCCGCAAACGCAGGGAGACUCCCUGACUUCGGCGGUGCCACACAGUAACUGGGGUGGAGAAGGAGACGUGCCGCUCUCCGACCUGACGGACAACCGACACAAGAGCGAUGAAGACCGCCGCCGAGACCAGAGGAACGCCACGUCUGAAGCACAUCGCCUCGUCCGGGAGAUGACCCAGUCGCACAAAGGCCGUCGCCGUCGCCCGCGACCGGCGCAACCGUCGGAUUCGGGACGGUCCACGCCGGCAGAUUCGGACGCAGAGUCGGAGGUGGCAGCGCGCAUGGGCGGCGGAGGCAUCCUGUCGAACCUGCUCAAGCUGUACGGUCAGGGGGGGAACCAGUCGUCCGGAGACGUGUCCGGCAGGCAGGACCGCAGUCGCGUCGACAGCACCGACCAGGAAUCGGAAGGUACGCGCACGCCUGGCUGGACCAGUCCUCGAGGCGACUCCUCUGGCGCCGAAACCCCCAGGAAGGAGAAGCUGAAGUGGUACAAGAAGUCGCAGAACCAGUCGACCCAGUCUCUCGUGGGCGCCGCGUCGAAUCUGAGCGCCGCCGGUUCUCCCUAUCACUCGAGCGAGAUGAUGUCGGCCGCGGCCAAACGGCGCAGCAGGAGCGGCAAGCCGCGUCUGGAGGAUGAGAUCCGGGUGACGGUGCACAUCGCUGAGAUUAUCUCGCGCCAGCGCUACCUGAUGCAGCUCUGCCGCGCGCUGAUGAAGUUCGGGGCCCCGACCCACCGCCUGGAGGAGUAUAUGCAGAUGACCGCCCGCGUUCUCGAGGUGGACGCUCAGUUUCUGUAUCUUCCCGGCUGUAUGAUCAUGUCCUUCGACGACCCUGCCACGCGGACAACAGAGGUGAAGCUGGUGCGGAUCCCCCAGGGGGUGGACCUGAGUCGUCUGGCGGACACCCACAGCAUCUACAAGAACGUGGUCCAUGACCUGAUCGGCGUGGACGAAGCCACCAAGCUGCUGGAGGAAAUCAUGAACCGCAAACCCCGAUUUCCCACCUGGUUUCUCAUCUUUAUGUACGGGUUGGUGAGCGCGACUGUCGGACCAUUCGCCUUCUCCGCCCGCCCUAUUGACAUGCCCAUCGCCUUCAUGCUGGGGUGCAUGUUGGGCUUCAUGCAGCUGGUCCUUGCAGCACGAUCUGCGCUCUAUUCCAAUGUCUUCGAGGUGUUUGCUUCAGUUGUCACUUCCUUUCUGGCGCGCGCUUUUGGCAGCAUUCGGUGGGGAGUAGUGAACGGGCAGCAGCAGUAUCUCUUUUGUUUUUCGGCGGUGGCCCAGUCGGCGAUUGCCCUCAUUCUGCCGGGGUUUCUGGUAUUAUCGAGCAGUCUAGAGCUGCAGUCGCAUCAGAUCAUUGCAGGCUCCAUCCGGAUGGUGUAUGCCAUCAUCUACUCCCUGUUCCUGGGGUAUGGCAUCACCACGGGGACGACCAUCUACGGGCUGAUAGACGGAAACGCCAACUCGAAUACCAACUGUCCUCCAUCUCCGAUUAGCAACCCAUACCUGCAGCGGUUCCCUUUUGUUCUGGCGAUGGCCUUCUGGCUAGUCAUUAUCAACCAGGGCAAAUUCAAGCAGGCGCCGGUGAUGAUCUUUAUUGCAUUUACAGGGUAUGUGGUCAACUACCUCUGCACGAAACGGAUUGGAUCGAACUCGGAGGUGGCCAACACUCUGGGGGCGUUCACCAUCGGAGUUUUGGGAAACUUAUACAGCCGGCUAUGGCAUGGGCACGCGGCGACAGCGAUUCUGCCAGCUAUCUUCGUGCUGGUUCCGUCGGGGUUGGCUGCAUCAGGGUCACUGAUUUCCGGAGUGCAGUCCGCCAACCAGAUAAGAAGCAAUGUGACUGGGGGGAAGACGAACGCGUCGACCGGAAACGGGGCGUCCAUGAUCAAUGCUUCAAACACGGCGGUAUUUAGUCUGGGAUUUGGUAUGGUGCAGGUGGCCAUUGGCAUUACGGUGGGCCUAUUCCUGGCAGCACUGGUCAUUUACCCGUAUGGCAAGCGGCGGAGCGGGCUAUUCAGUUUUUAA